UAUUUAAGUGUCAAACUGACAUUCUAAAUCGUUGGAACUAGGUUAUGUAUAAUGUCAGACACCCAAAACAAGGGGCAACGUUCAGUGCCGAAAAAACAGCCCAAACAAUCCAGCAAAGACCACAUUUUCCGCAAAAGAAACCCACCUAAACCCGAACGAGACGAUUCCGUAAUCUACGUGAGCACCAAAACUCACAUUAAGGCCUUAUUACAGAAGUGUAAUAAGUUGAUAGGGGAGAAUGCGAGUGAAAUUGUGAUUUACUGUCUUGGGGCUGCCAUACAGCGCGGUAUUUUGCUGGCUUUGCAGAUAUGUGAGGAACAUAGUGAUUUCGAACUUCACACAAAUACAUUAACUACAGAACUGAUUGAUGAUUUAGAGCCGGCAGCAGACGAUGCUGACUAUGAAAUACAGAAGAGAUUCAACUCAGCUCUAAGAAUUAAAUUAUCUCGUAAAGACUUACUGGAAACAAAAGAAAAUAACUGAUAACCAUGUUUUUCACCAUAGAAGAGUUGGUGAGGUGGUUGGGACUGACUGUAUUUGAAAUAUGGGUGAAUUUGAUAUCUGUAUUAAUAUUCACAAUACUUCUAGCCUUUAAAUACGAUCCCAACAUAGAAUUAUACUCCAACGAUUGGUGGUUAAUUUUUUCACCAUUAUUCGCUGGCGACGCUUUUAAUACAUAUUUUUGCGUUAUUAAAUGUAUAAGAAUGUUAUUGGAGACAGCUUAUAAGUUCUCUAUUAUGAGAAUGUGCUGGUCAGCUACAUUCUUAUUAAUGACAUUUUUGUUUAAAUUUUUAUUGUGUAAAAAAUUACUUGGGCAAGUCACUUUGGAUUAUUCUGAGGUUUUUGCCCCUUUGUUUUUAUUACUACAGUUAAUAGCAGUUAGGGCCUGCCAGCAGGGUUAAUAUUACAGUUAUUUUGUAUAUUUUUUAUUUAAUAAACUUACUCUAAGUUAAAA